AUGGAGGAGGAGGUCUAUGCGAAUGUGAGCAGUUUAGAACUGGAUGGGAUUCAGGAUACCGGCACUAAAAGAACAACACCAGACCAGCAGCCAGAUGAUAGAGCAGGAGGCAGAGGCUCCAGACUGGCUGCAGUGUGUUUGGGGCUGCUGUGUGUUCUUCUGCUGAUCACCAUCAUUGUGAUCUGUGUGCGCAACAUUAAAGAAAAAGAAGCUAAGGACCAAACCAUCUCCUCUCUGAGUGACAACUUUACUGCAGAGAGAGAGACCCUCUUAUCCAGCAUCACAACCCUGACUGAAGAAAGGGAUCAGCUAAAGAACAGCUACAAUGACCUGAGUGAAGAAAAAGAUCAGCUAAAGAAGAGAAACAAGGACCUGACUGAAGAAAAAGAUCAGCUAAAGAAGAGAAACAAGAACCUGACUAAAGAAAGAGAUCAGCUAAAGAACAGCAACAAGGACCUGACUGAAGAAAGAGAACAGCUAAAGAUCAGCAACAAGGACCUGACUGAAGAAAGAGAACAGCUAAAGAUCAGCAACAAGGACCUGACUGAAGAAAGAGAUCAGCUAAAGAUCAGCAACAAGGACCUGACUGAAGAAAGGGAUCAGCUAAAGAACAGCAACAAGGACCUGACUGAAAUAAGUCGUAAACUCCAGAAUAUAGAUCCUGAUUUAGUUAAAUGGUUGGACGGUUACGUCACCAAGUACACAGCUGUUCCAAUUACACAACAACCGUCCCGCUUCCUCCCGUUCUCGGAAGUCCGCACUCGCGAUCCGAACUUCUCAAGUCCGUUCUUGACAAAGAAGCUGCAUCCAGAUGGGUGGAAGAAGUUUGGAAGCAGUUAUUACUACAUCUCUUCUGAGAAGAAGAACUGGAAUGUUGCCAGGCAGGACUGCAAAAACAGAGGAGCAGAUCUGGUGAUCAUAAACAGCAGAGAAGAACAGGAGUUCAUUAAGAAGCAAAACAAAUACAUCUGGAUUGGUCUGACUGAUGCAGAGAAAGAAGGAGAGUGGAAGUGGGUGGACGGAUCUCCACUGACCACUAAGUGA